CCCAGCCCCGCCUCUGCCCCAGUUCCUGUUUCGGCCUCCGCUAUCCCGCUCGGCCCUCAGUCCCGGCACUUCCCCCGCCAGGCCACUUCUUCCUGGGCGCCCGCCACCCACGCCCGCCGGCCCCGCGGGUGAUGAGGCUUCCCGCCGGCGCGGCCCCGCCGUGACCCCCCGGCACGCGGUGCCCGGCGCCGCGGCCCCCAAGAUGAAGGGCGGCGAGGGGGAAGCGGGCGAGCAGGCCCCGCUGAACCCCGAGGCGGAGAGCCCCGCAGGCUCCGCCACGUACCGAGAGUUCGUGCACCGCGGCUACCUGGACCUCAUGGGGGCCAGUCAGCACUCGCUGCGGGCGCUCAGCUGGCGCCGCCUCUACCUCAGCCGGGCCAAGCUCAAGGCCUCCAGCCGCACGUCUGCCCUUCUGUCGGGCUUCGCCAUGGUGGCCAUGGUGGAGGUACAGCUGGAGAGUGAGCAUGAAUAUCCACCGGGCCUGCUGGUGGCCUUUAGCGCCUGUACCACUAUACUAGUGGCUGUGCACCUUUUUGCACUCAUGGUCUCCACAUGUCUGCUGCCCCACAUUGAAGCCGUGAGCAAUAUCCACAACCUCAACUCUGUCCACCAGUCACCACAUCAGCGACUCCACCGCUAUGUGGAGUUGGCCUGGGGCUUCUCCACUGCCCUGGGUACUUUUCUCUUCCUGGCUGAAGUUGUCUUGGUGGGCUGGGUCAAGUUUGUGCCCAUUGGGGCUCCCCUGGGCACAUCAGCUUCCAUGGUACCGACAUCUCAGGUGCCAUCUGUGACCACUUCCCUCAAUCCAUCUCCCAACCUCCCAGCAGCCUCUGCCUCUAUAGCCCCUUCACGGACUGAGUCUCCUAAGAACUGCUCACCCCAGCAGACGUGUGGUGGUGGGGCCCACGGGCCGGGCUGGCAAGCAGCUAUGGCUUCCACAGCCAUCAUGGUGCCAGUAGGACUUGUGUUUGUGGCCUUUGCCCUGCAUUUCUACCGUUCUUUGGUGGCCCACAAGACAGACCGGCACAAACAAGAGCUGGAGGAGCUGAGUCGCCUGCAGGGGGAGCUGCAGGCUGUGUGAGCCUGGCGUCAGCCUCUGCUGGGAGAUCUGCCUCUCUCCCAAAGGUCUGGAAGGGCUCUAGGGCCUAAAGACCAUCUCUGCCCCUGGCUGGAGUCACUCCUUGUGUGACCCAUCUCAGGUGGCUGGAUGACUGCAGCCGUGGGGGAGGGGGAGGUAUCUCACCUUCCCAGGGAUGGUUUCCUGUCAGCCCAUGGGUUUUGUAAGCUCUGUUUUGUCUAGCUGGAAGGAACAAGAGGGCAAGUAGAAUCCUCAGUCCAUGGAUCCUGGGGGCAGCUGAGGAGAGGAAGGUGGCCCUAGUGAGACCCUUGGUACCUACCCUCAAUGACUUACUUCUCUAGGAUGGCUAGGUCAGAAGGUGACAUACCCACACAGCUGCCACUAGGCAGUCAACCCUUGCUCCAUCUGUGUGGGAUCUGUAUAUCUGUAUUACAGUUGAUUUUUUUUUUGGGGGGGGGUGCUGGUACUAGGGCUUAAACUCAGGGCCUGGAUGCUGUACCUUAGCUUUUUCACUCA